AUGCAGUCCGCAAGCAGUGGGGGAUCCUUCCGAUCAGCACCUUCACAUCAGGUGAAAGAGGAGCCACAGGAGGGUUUGGCUGAAUACUGGGAAGCUCGAUGGCAGGAGUUCCUCAGGACGGUGGAGUCCCCUCGCUCAAGAUGGGGAAUCUCACAGGUGCAAGAGAAACCCUCUCCGUGGGAAGACACAAAGAGAUUUCUGGCCUCCUUUGAGCAAGUAGCCGAAGCCUGCCAGUGGCCUAGAGAACAAUGGGUGACCAGACUCUUGCCAGCCCUCAGUGGGGGACCCAAGCAAGCCUUUAUCAGUCUGGAUGCCACAGACAGAGAGGACUAUGGGAAGGUGAAGGUGGCCAUCUUGCGAGGAGACGUCAUCAGCAGGGAGAAACAGCGCCAACACUUCAGGGGUUUCCAUUACCAAGAAGCCGAGGGUCCAAGAGGGGCUUACAGCCAACUCCAGGAACUUUGCCAUCAGUGGCUGAAAGUGGAGAGGCACUCAAAGGAGCAGAUUCUGGAGCUGCUGAUCCUGGAGCAGUUCUUGACCAUCCUGCCUCUGGAGAUCCAGAGCUGGGUGAGGGAUAGGGGUCCAGACACCUGCUCUCAGGCAGUGUUUCUGGCUGAGGAUUUCCUGCUGAAACAGCAAGGGAUCCAGAGAUGGGGAGAGCAGGUGGCAUUUCAGGAGGCGACAGCACAGACCUCUGAGGCAGGCCAGGCUCCAUCUGACAUCAGGCAGAAGCAGCUGGGCAGAGAGACCAAGUGGGAAGAUGACAGGGAUGCCAGCCUGUUGGGCUGUAGAGGGGAGGGUGAAAAUGAGGAAGUGCCAUAUGAAGUACCGGCAGAACAAGCCAAAUGUGAAGAGCUGAAAGAGAACUUCUGGGAUCAAGGUGGACCAACAAGUGAGGAAGACAACCACAUGGAGAAGAGGACAGAAAAAUCCACUCCUUGUCACAUUGGUGACUUCCAUGAAAUCCCAGUCCAGCAAACAGAACAGACAGAGCACUGCCUCGAUGCUCAGUGGAGAAUCCAGAUGGACCUUACAGAAUGUGGGAUGCUGAACACAGGAGAGAAACCAUAUCAGUGCACAGAAUGUGGAAAGAGUUUCAAUCGCAGUGCAACCCUUAAAUCCCAUCAGCGACUCCACACUGGGGACAAACCUUUUGAAUGCUUGGAGUGUGGCAAGAGUUUGUGUGAUAAGUCAAGCCUUAUUCAACAUCAACGAAUCCACACAGGGGAAAAACCAUAUAAAUGUUUGGAAUGUGGAAAGAGCUUUAUUCAGAGCUCAAAGUUAACUAGACAUCGGAGAAUGCACACAGGGGAGAAAGUGCAUAGCUGUUCAUAUUGUGGCAAGAAUUUCAGUGAUAAAUCAAGCCUUAUUCAACAUCAGCGUAUCCACACUGGGGAAAAACCAUAUAAGUGCUUGGAGUGUGGGAAAAACUUCAAUCAGAGGGCAAACUUUACUAGACAUCAAAGAAUGCACACGGGGGAUAAAGCAUACAGCUGCCCAGACUGUGGGAAGACCUUGUGUGAUAAAUCAAGCCUUCUUCAACAUCAAAGAAUCCACACAGGUGAAAAACCAUUUAAAUGCUCAGAAUGCGGAAAGAGCUUCAACAAGAGCACCAAUUUUGUCAGACAUAGGAGAAUCCACACAGGGGAGAAGCCUUAUAGCUGCUCAUACUGCGUCAAGAGUUUCUACGAUAAAGCAAGUCUUAUUCAGCAUCAGAGAGUCCAUACAGGAGAGAAACCAUUUAAAUGUUUGGAAUGUGGAAAGAGGUUCAGUCAUAGGGGAAGCCUUCGUGGACAUCAAAGACUCCACACAGGGGAGAGACCUUACACAUGCUCAGACUGUAGCAAGAGCUUCUUUGCUCUAUCAAGCCUUCUAAAACAUAAGGUAACUCACACAGGGGAGAAGCCAUAUAAAUGCACAGAGUGUGGAAAGAAUUUUGGUCAGAGUGCACUCCUCAGUUCUGCUCAAAGUUUUCAUGCAGAGAAUGACCAGUAUAAAUGCUCAGGCUGUAGCAAGACUUUUUGUGAUCAAUCAAAUCUUGUGAGAAUGACCAUAGAAGAAACAGUGUAA